AUGGCCAGCUGCGCCAGACGGAAAGUCGCCGCCAGGUUACGUGUUAGCUUGGCCAUCAUUUUCUUCCUUGGAGCGCACCUUGCAGAGGACGUGCAAGCGAGUGAAGAUGAGUUACCGGUCGUCAGUUACAUCAAUCGUGAAGCAGCGGGAAAGAAAAUUCUACCUAAUUUCGCCUCGGUACAGCUCGAGGAAAGUGUUCCGGAACAGUACCGUGCUGCAGCAACUCGAUUCGCCCGACUGUGGAAGGAGCAUGUAACCGGAAUCAAAGGCUAUGAUAUAGUUAAAGAUGUGCCAUUCACGCUGAUAGUACCGGACAAAAUAGACGAGACAGCUUUCGGUGGAAAUGAACCAAAAAUACGAGAAUUCUUGCUUGAACAUGUAGUUCCUGGUGCACUAGUUGAGGUGAAAGAUCAAAACACUUACCUUAAUCUGAACCAGCACCCUGUGCAUGUGAAUCUGUCCUGCUUUGACAUGCUGAUGACGUAUGAAAUUAAUCAAAGCGCUAAAGUUCUCACCAAGCGCAACAUUACGGAGCAUCUUAGCUUGGUGUUCAUUGUUGGAAACUUGACCGAAUCGGGCAUUCAAAGUUCAUCCACCAAUAAAUUCAACAAACGGAACAUUCAAGAAACGAACCGCUACAAUGAGCCGCAAAGGUUGGAAAUGAAAAAUGCCACCAAAGAACUUGCAUCAAGCAAAGAAAACAAAAUUGGACAACAUUUGAUGAAUUUCUUGAGCGGCAUGAAAUCGGGAACCAAAGUCUUUCAGCACUUUUUUUCCAGCUCCAAUCUGAGCAACCUGAUGGAUGACAGCUCGUACAUGGUAUUCAUACCAUCGGAUACUGCUUUCCAACGGUGGCACCCAAUCGACUGGGGCUUUUAUCCCUUCAGCGUACAAGAGUUUACUGAAAUGGUGCUACGCAAUCACUUCGUUCGUACCAAGCAUCCGUUCCGCAUGGCCGAUCUGCGGACGAUCCAUGCAGAUCAACGAUAUAAAACACUUGGCGGAGAAUACAUUGUACUUAAAAACAAACCAACUCCUAACGUCAACAAUGUUACCAUUUUAUCCGACUAUACCCUCUCGAAUGGUAUCGAGGUCUACAUACUAUCUGAGGUGCUCUUCGUUUCGGAAGCAGUCGUUUCACGCUUGCAUCAGAUGCACAAGGAUAAGGAAACACCACCGCUGUUGGCUUUCCCUUGGUUUGGCGCUCAAUUUCUGUCGCACUCAUUUCUCGCCCUAGAGCGUGACACGAGGUUCACACAAAUUACCCGUUUUCUGAAUACGGCUGAAAUUGCACAGUUCAUUUCUGGCUCUAAUUACACCUUUUUUGUCCCAACUGAUGAAGCGUUCGAGCGGUAUAGUUUUGACUUACUGCCGGACAGUGUGCUCGCCUCAGAAAAAGGUAUCAAAAUGUUGCUUAACCAUUUCAUUCGGGGCAGACUGUACGAUCGUGAUCUAAAAGAUGGUGAGCUGAUCGACACAAUCGGUGGCAUGCCGGUGAAAAUACAGCGAUCGUUCGAAAACACCGUUCGGGUCAAUAGUGCCCGUAUCGUAGAGUCCGAAGUGUUUGUCUACAACCUUGGUACCAUGUUCUACAUCGACGACGUGCUUUAUCACGAUUUGUUGAAGGAUGAAGUGAAGGCGAUCACAGAUCUGAAGAAUGUGGAUAGGAAUGUUCCGGACAGCAUUGGUGGUAACGAUGCUUAUACAACGGAACAAAAUCCACCUGUGACCGAACGAUCGACAUCCACCACCUUCCGAUCGUCGCUGUACGGACUGCUCACGACGAACGCGGAUGUCGAGCUAGUUCCGCUGGAAGUUACCGAAUCGAGUAAAAGGAACAGUGACGAAGACAGCUCUCAGUUUCAGGACGAUGAAAUCAUUACACCUAAAGCCCUACCUUUGAGAUACUUCUACAACCCCAAGAAGUAAAUACUCAUAUCAUACAUUUUUCCCAUUU